AUACAAGCCUUUGCACAUGCAGUCUAUGACCUUCCCAGAUCUGUACUACGCUGGUCGAUUCAGUCCCUUUGAAUGUCCUCCUCCUCCUCGGUUUGAAAAGAAGACAGAGAUGGAGGAAACCAAAACAAGGGUCAAGAAAGUUGAAAGUAGCAUUCAAGAAAAAUCCCAAAGUAAAUCCCCACUUAGUUGUAACCCUUCACCUUGGCGACCACGCAAAAAGGACCCUUCUUACUGUGAAUGCUGCCAACAAUCAUUCACAAAUCUGGAAGAGCAUUUGCAGUCCAAUCAGCACCGCACAUUUGUGCUGGAUCCUUUGAAUUACAGCUUGGUGGAUGAGCUUGUGGUUGAUAUGCUUCCAGAAUUUGAUCCCAAUCCACCCCAGCAAGAAGAACUGAGCAGACUUCCAACUCCUUUGCCUAUCCAUGAUGUCUGUGAACUGGAGCCUCUUUCUGAUGCCGAGACGGAGCAUACUGUUCAGGCCCUGCGGAGACGAGGUUCAUCAUUAAAUACUCACCUUUCCAGCCCUACCAGGGGUCCUCUUUCCUGUCCAGGCCCUGCCAGUCCAUCACCAGGAGUUCAGUUUACCGUCCCAAAUCCAGGCACUCAGCCCACUGGCGCUCAGCCUUUCAAUCAUGUGACAGACUGCCAGCUGCCUGAUAUGCAUCCUCAGGCUUUGAGUCCAGUCAUGCCUGUAUUAAAACCUGAAGUAGAAGCCCAGGACUCAGUCAAUCAACUGCCUGAAAUUCAGCGUCUCUCUCCAUGUCCCCUCUCUGACCCUUUCUCCCUGCCUCCAGUCCUCAGCCCCCAAGUCCCCUAUUCCUACAUUAUAAAUCCUCAAAGUCCUUACUCAGACCCCCCUGUCCUCAGUCCCCAACCAUACAUCACAGAGGAGCCUGUGGAAGGACAAACUGAGGAUGGUGUGUUUACAUUUGCCUCAGCAUUCACAGAUGUUCUCUCCACCCCACCACUUACCUCUGGGGCUGUGACCAAUGCAGGAAGAGCAAAAACAGACAACGUUGUUGAGUUUGCUGGGCUUGUGUGUUCUAACAGAGAUUUGGAGUGCACCACGCGAUCUUCUGGUAGAUCUCGUUCCCUUCCUCGUCAGUCAGAAAUCGCAGUAAACUCCAAAAAGCGCAGUCGAUCUGCCAGCCCUGAAUGUAGCAACAGUAAAAGGAUGAGGACAACAAAGACUGGUAACAGUGAUAGCUGGACGGGACAAAAUAUUAAACCACCAAAACCACAAAGUGACAAUACAGCAAAGAGUGAAUGCGCGUUACUCUUGGACAAGCUCCGUUAUGAAAUCUCUCCGUCUUGUCUCAGUUCAACUGUCUCUUCAACAUUUACUACUGUGGAUAUGUUUGGUUUAAAACAGACUUGUAGUACGUUUUGUUUUCCGAGUGCACAGAAUUUAGCUCGAUCCUCUGUCAAAAUUGACCCGGUUGCCACUCAACCAGUCGACUUCCACACUAAUAAAUGUCACAGUGGGUUUUCUAGUCAAGAAUCUCAGCGUUCAGUAUCUCACUCUACCUCAAUCUGUAUCGAACCAGGCCUCAUCCCAGACCUGGCAAAGCUCUCUCCAUCAUCCUCAGAGUCAGACUGGGACUGUGACCUGCUGUCACAGCUGGGCCCGACCUCAGCUACACCUCUGGCUUCCACUGAACAGAACUGUGAGCUUGACAAGGAACUACUCCACAGGCCGUGUCCCUGGAUGCACGACACCAGCUACGAGUCACACCUGCAUACUGUCCUUAAGCCAUCAACCCCAUCCGCCUCAAUGUGUGGGGAAGAAAGGGACCCUUUUAGCAGGACUGUGGUACAGAUUGUAGAGGUUCAGCACUGACAGCUAUUUUCUUGACUUUUUUUGUGAAAGAUGCGAAGCACAAACGCCCUUUGUACACUGAAUAAAUAUUUAAAAUUGGGGCUUAAUUUCAGAUUUAAUUGUCUUCUGCAUUACAUGCUGAUUAAUUUAUCCUGCAUCUUCCCAAGAAUUUGAAUCCUGUUGAUGAUCAUGUUCCUCUUGAACCCUCGUUGUGCAUAGUCCCCUUAAUAGUAUUGUGUGUUGUGCUGACUGCAGUCGCUCAGGCAGCUCUGUUCGGGAACUCGUGGCGAUACUGAGAAUUUAAU